CCUAAUUCGAGCGAAUCGGGGGCGCGCGGGGAGGACGUGGUUCUUGCGGCGUUCGGAAUCCGAGUCUGGUCGGAUUUUUCUUUUGGUUUUUCGUUUGAGGUGGAGAGAUUCGAUGGGAGAAGGCGAGGCGGGGAGUCGUCUCCGAAGAGGCAGCAAUCGGAGGCGGGAGGGAGCGCCCCGGAGAACAGUGGCGCGGGGAAGAGAUUGGCGGCGAGGCAGCUGGAUUUCACGCGGGGCGGGGGCGGGGGCGGGGAGAGGGAGGGCGUGGUGCUGCCGGAGCAUCCGCAGCCGGCGGCCGCUGCCGCGGCCGCCGCGACGCAGCCGGCGCAGGUGGUGGCGCUGCCGCUGCCUCCUCUGCAGGCUUCUCAUCCGGCAGUGAGGAGAAUGGAAUCUCCGAAGGCGAGACCAAGACCCAAUGUGGAAGUGAAAGAGGGCACUCCAAAGAAGCAAAAGCAGUGCAACUGUAAACACUCACGUUGUUUGAAGCUUUACUGCGAAUGCUUUGCAUCUGGUAUCUACUGUGAUAAGUGCAACUGCUCAAACUGUCACAACAAUGAAGAAAACGAAGCUGCAAGACGAGAAGCUGUUGAAGCUACGCUAGAACGUAAUCCAAAUGCAUUUAGACCUAAAAUUGCAAGCAGUCCUCAUGGACCAAGGGACAGAAGGGAGGAUGCCGGGGCCUUGGGGAAGCACAAUAAGGGCUGCCACUGCAAGAAAUCAGGCUGCCUCAAAAAGUACUGUGAGUGCUUCCAGGCCAACAUCCUUUGCUCAGAAAAUUGUAGAUGCAUGGACUGCAAGAAUUUUGAAGGAAGUGAAGAGAGACAGGCUCUUUUCCAUGGGGACCAUGCCAACAACAUGGCAUACAUUCAGCAGGCUGCAAAUGCUGCCAUCACGGGAGCAGUUGGAUCAUCUGGUUUUGCAUCCCCGCCUUUGUCCAAAAAAAAGAAAGGUCAGGAACUCUUCUUUGGUUCAAACUCGACUGUCAAGGAUCCAUCCAUUCAAAGACUUGGGCAAUUUCCACAGCCAAACAAUACAAAAGCCACUGCACCUUUCUCCUUGUCAUCUGCACCUGUUACCCAUGGCGUUAGCAAUACAUUGUCAGCUCCUUCAAAAUGUACAUACAGGUCCCUGUUAGCAGAUAUCAUUCAACCACAGGACGUAAAAGAGCUUUGCUCUGUUCUAGUGGUGUUAUCAGGCGAAGUUGCCAAGACACUUGCAGAAGAAAAGAAUGCAAAAGAAAAGCAGGUGGCAGAUCAGACAGAAGCUUCUCUUGCUUCAUCGACACAAGACAGGACUCAAAGCCUGAAGGAUCCUGAUGGCGGGAAAACAGCAGCUGACAAUUGUUCGAGCUCAAGCCAGGUUGAUAAAAGUGGUCAUGAGGAAUCAGUCUCAGACAGUGCCGAAGCACCAAAUGGAAGACCUGUGUCUCCUGGAACUUUGGCUUUGAUGUGUGAUGAACAAGACACAAUGUUCAUGGCAGCUGCUUCCCCUAGUGGGUUGAUGGGCCACGACUGCAAUUCAUCUUCACAGGUUUCUCAUGGACAAGGCAUAACAGAGGUCUACGCGGAGCAGGAAAGGAUUGUCCUGGCGAAAGUGCGAGAUUGUCUAAAUAAACUCAUCACUUUCGGAGAAAUAAAAGAGACCAAGUACUCCUCAUUAGCAAGAACUGAAUUGGGACUUCAAAAGGACCCCAUCUGUAACGGAGGUGCAAAUGGAAAAAUUGACACAGGACAUCAACCAUGGUUGGAAAGCAAUAGCAUCGCCAGAACUAGUGUUCCACCGCCUUUAUCGACUCAGGUGGUUUCCACAGCAGUUAGCACUUCUCGUACGGACAAUUCCAAUAUGUCACGUGCUCUUGAGAAUGGAUCUAUCCAACCAAAGGUUGAACAGAUUUGAAGCGAGUUUUAAGCAAAAGAGUUUUGUAAUGAGUGAGCACGGAUUGCUAUGGCAUCGAUACGCAAUUAAACAUAGUGCACAGAUGAAAGUCCUAGCAAAGCAGAUGGAACACAAGCAAUGGAGAAGUUCACUGCAGACUCUUGUUGCGGUGCCAACAUGAUUCCAUUAUGGUUUACCGUGGCCAUAUUAUUCACUUCACUCGAUUUUAGUGUUGAGUUUUGAUUUGAUUUGUAAGAUUAGGAUUGAGAAUGCACCUGAAGAUGCACAGGAUAUAACCUCCUUGUACGUGCUGAGGUGACGUGACUUGUACCCUCCGAUGUAAAGAUAUACUCAAUUAUUUAACUGAGAUAGGGUAAUUUGAUAAUUUUCCUACACUUUUGUAUCUCAAAGAGAAGAUGGAAUGAAGAUACUGUGUAUCCAUUUUUUUGGGUUUUUCUA